ACAGAGAAUUUCACCGGCUGGUUUUGGUGCACAGAAUUAGGAUGACGUACAAAUGGUUUCUGUUUCUUCCCGGUGGACUCAUGCUCCUCAUCUAGGGUGGGGGGGCAUCGCCCCAUUUUGCCAUGAAGGGCUACACCCCCCAACGCACCCGUCACCUGUCCAACUGCGAGCCGCCCCGUUCCCCCAGUCAUCGGGACCCCCUGUACCCCCCGUCUGCCUCCUCCACCCUGUCUCGCACCCCGUUCCACGUACCACCAGCCAUGGACCACUACGGGACCCUGGACCCGCACCACUUCUCCCCGUCGCCCGGCCCGGGAGGUCUUCCGCCUGACUGCCUGAUGCCCCUCAACAACCAGCUGUCCUCCAGCAGCACCUUCCCCCGGAUCCACUACAACUCGCACUUUGAUCAGGGGGAGUUCGGUCACUCGGCGGCCGACAGUAUCGGGGGAAUCAGCACAGGGACGCUGGGGACGUCGAUGUCCAUGGGAAUGGGUCUCGGAGUGGGACGGACCGCCAUGAUCACCAGCGGAUCCGCAACUAUAUCAGGGGCCGGAAAGAUGAACCGGUUGCCACCAAACCUCAUGAACCAGUUUGAGAAACAGCUUCCGGGACAACAGGACGGCUUCAGCACAUUACAGUACCAUCGCAGCACCGCCGUCACAGCCACGAAACAGCAACAACAGCAGCGCACGGACAGUCCGGGAAAAAUACGCUAUUUAGUUCACUCCGUCCAGAAACUUUUCGCUAAAUCUCAGUCGCUGGAAAACUCCGCCAUCAAGGGUAACGUGAACGGUCGCAACAGCAGAUCGUCAGGCAGCGAGGACAAACAUCAUCGGAGUAAAAGCAAAGACCGGGCGAAGAGCGAAGGGACGGCCAAACGGAGGCCUCGGUCCAAUAUGUCCGGAUACUGGAGUUCUGACGAUUUGGACAGCGAUAUAAGUAACUAUAGAAACCCCAUGGCUAUGAUGACUUUGGGCCGGCAAGGGGUGGGAUCGGGACCGGGGCCGGAGGGCCAAGUGGCGUCCAGGUACUUCAUGCAGGGCUACAGCACCAUCAGCGAGCACACGCUGAAAUCUUCAAAGAGUAACAGUGACCUCAAGCACCAGGGGCUCCCGGCACUCCCGGGUCCUGGAGGUGUUGGUGGCGGUGGAGGAGGGAGAGGGCCGGUUUUUGAUGGGAACUUUAGUAAAGCGGGACCCUGGUCCACGCUUACGUUAGGACCCUCCAGGCAAAUGUGCCACAAGGGAUCCGCCACGCUGGAUCGAACCCUCCUGAAGUCCAAGUCCGUCCAGCAGGAUCUGGGCUGCCACUUACUGCAGGUGCGAGGGAGGAUGCCCUCCACCGAGUGGCCCGGGACUCUGGGCAGAAGCGUUCCCAUGGGUGAGAUCCCCUGUAGACGGAUGCGUAGCGGCAGUUACGUGAAAGCCAUGGCCGACCUUGAGGAUAGCGACGACUCCGAUAUGAGUCCCAAACCCUCACCGAAAAGCACCGCUCGGAGGCAGAGCUACUUACGCGCAACACAGCAAUCACUAAGUGACCAGUUCCCCUCAAGAAACCGUCUGCUGGAUUACUCGAUGCUUCAGGGGGAUCUGGAGGCUCUCUGGUCCCCCCUCCGUAACAUUACUACCCUGCACCAGAUCGGGCGCUCUGUCAGCUGUCUUCCUUCUCUGCGAGAGUACUCUGGGAAUCGCAGUCUGGAUAACCUGGACUGCAUCGGAGGCGGUUCUCCGUUCCCAAACUGGGAUGACGAUGACCAGUUCAGUCAGGGCUGCAGCACACUGGGACGCGGCAGCUCCAUCAGUCAGAUGCGAGACAUGGAUUUGAGCCGGCAUUACGGAGAUGAGUUGGAAGACAUGCAUCCUCACUCCCGAUGCGCUGAGCCUCCUGAUAUGCCCAUGCCCACAUGCUUCCGGUCCCGCAGCCACAGUUACCUUCGUGCCAUUCAGGCGGGGUGUUCUCAAGACGACGACGACACGGCAUCCAUGGAUUCCGAUUCACCGCCGCCCACCGCCACCACAACCGUACGCACCUACAGCAACAGCACCGUCUCCACAUGUUUGACGAGCUGUAAGAAAGUGGCUCCGCCUCCCGUUCCCCCUCGAACCACUUCCAAACCGUUCAUCUCCGUCACCGUGCAGAGCAGCACCGAAUCCGCGCAGGACUGUUACCCAGACCAGCACGACCGCAAGAGCGAGGCCAACAGCCAAUCAGGACGCAGCAACUCCUCCGACAGCCUCGACAGCACGCGGGCCAAGGGGUCGCGACCCCAGAUUCCUGUCGCGGCGCCCCGGGAACCCCAGAUCCCAGCGGCUGUGGUGAUCUCUCCCAACCCUCAUCAUAAUGAGCCGGUGAAGGGGGACGCUCUCGCCCCGGACGAACCCCCGAUAGACCCUGUUCCACGACGGAAGCUUUCCUCCAUCGGGAUUCAAGUCGACUGUAUUCAGGAAAUCCAGGCUAAAGUAGAGACGCCACCAUUGGCCAGAUUCCAGUCAAUCGGAGUUCAAGUGGAGGACGGCUGGACUUUCAGCCGCUCCAGUAGCAUGGCCUCUCGUCAAGAGACGGACUCCGACACGCAAGAUCUCUCGCUCACGUCCCUGACGUUCCCAUCCAACUCCAAACACACCGAGAAGAAAGUCAUGGUCAACAGCGCCAGCCAAUCAGUGAACUCGCCCCCUCACCUGUCCCUCGACAACGGUAACCACGACAACGACGACGUGGCGGUGACGACCAGCGGCCCCUCGCGACAGAUCCUGACCAACCGCUCGACCACACAGAGCAGCUCCUCGUCCUUCUCGGAGAGCCUGGACCCUGCGCUCGACCCGUCGUCUCUGCCCCCCCCCGACCCCUGGCUGGACAGCGGGAACGGGACGGGGAACGGAGGAACCCCGGCGCUGAUGACGGUGGCCACAGCGUGCCGACGGGACGGGCACUGGUUCCUGAAGCUCCUGCAGGCCGAGACGGGCCGGAUGGAGGGUUGGUGCGGUCAGAUGGAGAAAGAAACCAAAGAGCACCAGCUCUCAGAGGAGGUGUUGGGGAAGGUUCGUAGCGCGGUGGGAAGCGCUCAGCUCCUCAUAUCCCAGAAGUUCCAGCAGUUCAGAGGCCUGUGUGAACAAAACCUGAAUGUGAACGCCAACCCGAGACCCACGGCUCAAGAUCUGGCCGGGUUUUGGGAUCUUCUGCAGCUCUCAAUAGAAGACAUCAGCCUCAAGUUUGACGAACUCUAUCAUCUCAAAUCAAACGACUGGAAGCUGAACGGAGACUCGCCUGAGAAGCAGGAGAGCCAGAAACAGGCUCCUCCGGUGCCCAAGAAACCCGGGAAGAGUAAACCGGCUCUGGGCCGCGAGAAGAGCAACGACACCGUGGACAAACAGAGACAAGAAGCUCGCAAGAGACUGAUGGCGGCCAAGAGAGCCCAGUCCGUCAAGCAGAACUCGGCCACCGAGAGCGCCGACAGCAUCGAGAUCUACGUUCCCGAAGCGCAGACGCGGCUCUGAGGAACACACACACACACACACACACCGUAACAAGACCAAGGGCUCCGGCAUCACACCACACGAAACGCUGCUUUCGUCCGUCCACGGCGGCGUUUACUCAAACUGAGGUGAGAGAGGGACACGGAAAUCAAGACGGACACUUUGUUACUUUGUUUUGGGACUGCCAAGGAAAUCCUCACAGAGAAUCCUCUUAGUUGCAAUCAUUAAUAUAAUUAUUGAUAUGAUAAUUAACAUUGAGAACUGAUAUUAUUGUCCUAAAUUCUAUAUGAGAUUGUUUUAAAUGUUCUAAUAUUUUGGAUAAGUAGAAACACACGUCUGUCACACACAACGCUUGCAUAAUUCCCCGCUGAAAUCCACGUCUUCCUGUUUUACGCUUGGGUUUCUCUUCUUCUUCUUCUUCUUCUUCAUCUCUUCCUUCAGCCGGCGAGUGAACAGAGCGAAAGGCUUCUCUCCAGAUCUAGGCUGAAUCUGAAAUCGCCCCCUAUACCCUCAAACAGGGCGUUAUUUAAGUGGACAGCCAUUUGUAGUGGUGUCCGAAACCAUAGUGGACUCUAUUGAGUGCACUUAUUCAAUCCCACAAUGCACUCCAAUAACAAGUGUACAACCGAUGGACGCUCAACGGCUGCCC